CGAAUUUCUAUGUUUUGUAGGGAAAAGGAGACUGUCAUUGUGAGAAAAAACGAAAAAAGAUACCAUUUCUUCGGUGCAAAGUGCUUGUGUUGUGCGUGAAUCUUUAUAGAAAUAUCCACGAAAAUGGUCUCACUGAAUCCGGUCCGCAUACUGAAGAAUGAAGCCGAAGAGGAACGGGCGGAAAUCGCUCGGUUGUCCUCUUUCGUGGGAGCGAUUGCCAUCGGUGAUCUGGUAAAGAGCACACUGGGACCAAAGGGAAUGGACAAAAUUCUCGUUUCGCACGGUCGCAGUGCCGGUCAGAUUCAGGUCACCAACGAUGGGGCCACGAUUCUGAAGGCUGUCGGGGUAGAUAAUCCGGCUGCCAAGAUUCUGGUCGACAUGAGUCGCGUUCAGGACGAUGAAGUUGGUGACGGAACUACCUCGGUUACGGUACUGGCAUCGGAAUUGCUUCGGGAGGCGGAGAAGCUGAUUGAGAAGAAGCUGCACCCGCAAACGAUUAUUGCUGGAUGGAGAGAAGCGACGAAAGCGGCCAGGAACACUUUGAUUGCCGCUGCUCAGGACAAUUCCGAUGAUGCUGAGAAAUUCCGAGAGGAUCUGAUGAAUAUUGCUAGGACUACGCUGAGUUCGAAAAUUCUUUCACAGCACAAGGAGCACUUUACCAAAUUGGCUGUGGAUGCUGUUCUGCGGUUGAAGGGAUCGGGCGAAAUGACUGCCAUUCAGCUGAUCAAGAAAACUGGAGGUUGUUUGGAAGAUUCCUUCCUUGAUGAGGGUUUCUUGCUGGACAAAAAACCCGGAGUGCACCAGCCGAAGCGCGUUGAGAAUGCAAAAAUUUUAAUUGCUAACACGCCGAUGGACACGGAUAAGAUUAAGGUGUUCGGAUCGAGUAUCAAGGUUGACUCGAUGGCGAAAAUUGCGGAGUUGGAGGUUGCCGAGAAGGAGAAAAUGAAGGAUAAAGUCAAUAAAAUUCUCGGUCACAAUUGCAAUGUUUUCAUCAAUCGUCAACUGAUUUACAACUAUCCGGAGCAACUGUUUGCCGAUGCUGGUGUGAUGGCUAUUGAACACGCUGAUUUCGAUGGUAUUGAACGUUUGGCGUUGGUCACGGGUGGUGAGAUUGUGUCCACAUUCGACAAUCCGACCAGUGUCAAAAUGGGUCGCUGCGAUCUGAUUGAGCAGGUUAUGAUUGGUGAGGAUACGCUGUUGCGUUUCAGCGGAGUACCACUGGGAGAAGCCUGCACCAUUGUGAUCCGUGGUGCCACGCAGCAGAUUAUUGACGAGGCAGAACGUUCACUGCACGACGCUUUGUGCGUGUUGACUGCAACAGUUAAGGAGACACGAAUCGUCUACGGAGGAGGCUGUUCGGAAACGUUGAUGGCUACGGCUGUAUUCAAAGUAGCAGCUGAGACACCUGGAAAGGAAGCUAUGGCUAUUGAAUCGUUUGGGAGAGCAUUGCUACAGCUACCGAUCACGAUUGCCGACAAUGCCGGCUAUGAUUCGGCUCAGUUGAUCUCGGAACUUCGUGCAGCACAUUCACAGGGCAAAGCUACUAUGGGAUUGAACAUGUACGAGGGUAAAGUGGGUUGCAUGAAGGAACUAGGAAUCACCGAAUCGUUUGCCGUCAAGCGGCAGGUGUUGAUGUCUGCUGCUGAAGCCGCGGAGAUGAUCCUGCGUGUGGACAAUAUUAUUAAGUGCGCGCCAAGAAAGCGUGUGCAGGAUCGUGGUCACUGCUAAAUGUACUUCAGCACAUUUCCGCGUUUUUUUGUGUGUAACCGAUUAGUUUUUAGCUGUCACUGAAUGACCGAAUCGAAGACCGAUUUUUGUUCACGAACACAUACAUUUUCUCACAUUAACUUAUCAUAGCCACUUAAUCAAUAUUGCCUUCAUUUUAAACUGAAGAGCUGCUGCACACUAACCUUGUUAUAAACAAUUAAUAAAGGUUCUACAUACUCACCA